AUGUCAAAGUACAAUAAUAAAAAGCAUCGUACUAUUGGUAUGAAACCCAAAGAUGUCACCGUAGAAGAUACAAGAGAACUGCUGAGACGUAUCCGUAAACUACGUAGAAUUCCGCUGAAAAGAUUAAAAUUCAAAGUUGGAGACAGAGUUCGAGUUAGCAAAUUUAAAAAUAUCUUUGAAGAAGGAUAUACUCCCAAUUGUACAACGGAAAUAUUCACCGUGGAUAAAGUUAAAUCAACAAAACCAGUUAGAUACAAGCUGAAAGAUUAUCAAAAUCAACCCAUCGAAGGUGGUUUCUAUGAAGAAGAAUUGCUGAAAGUUCAAUAUCCACAUGUUUACCUCGUAGAAAAAGUUCUCAAGACUCGUGGUAAUGAUGUAUACGUGAAAUGGCUUGGAUUCGAUAGCUCACAUAAUAGUUGGAUAAAAAAAUCUGAUAUGUAA